UCAGAGCCCUUAUAUUACACACAAAGAGUUAAAGUUCUCUCCGAUGCUUAGAUGCGGUUAGUCAGCUAGCUUCACACGUCACGCAAACGUAACAAUUUGUGCGAAAAACACGACGUUUCUGACGUCGCGUGCUACUCGAAUGUGUAGCCUGUACACGCGCACCAUCCUUUCUCUCGUGCGCGAGACGGAAACUUUCCCACAACCAGGGACUUUUCUGAGGGAGAGACGCGCUCGCGCUGCGAAUCCACGCGCGCACACACACACACGCGCACACACACUCGCACACGAGCGCAGGUCUCGCGCACCAGCAGCAGCAGCAGCCUCAGACCUAGCUUAGCUUACCGCAGCCGUUCGGUUGAUUUUAGUAACUUUAUUCUGAAGGAUAAUGUCUUUUAGUCGACUGGUGUGCUAAAUUUGGAUACUUUUCUCAGAAGGUUUCACAAAAUAAACUACAUUUCUGUAAAAAAAAAAUGAACAGCCAAGUGGAAAACGAGACAAACGACUACAGCAACGGCCCUGAGGAAGAGGUCCGGACUCUGUUCGUCAGCGGUUUGCCGUUGGACAUCAAGCCCCGUGAGCUUUACCUGCUGUUCAGGCCAUUUAAGGGAUAUGAAGGUUCGUUGAUCAAACUUACAUCAAAACAGCCGGUCGGCUUUGUGAGCUUCGACAGCAGAUCAGAGGCUGAAGCUGCCAAGAACGCCCUGAAUGGAGUUCGUUUCGACCCAGAGAUUCCCCAGACUUUACGCCUGGAGUUCGCCAAAGCCAACACCAAGAUGGCCAAGAGCAAACUGGUAGGGACACCCAACCCCCCUCCAUCUCAGCAGAGCCCUGGCCCACCCUUCCUCAGCCGGGAUGCUUACGAGCUCGUUCCUGGUCUGUAUCCUAGCAACCCUGAUGUGUGGGCAUCAUACCCGUUGUACCCUGCUGACCUAUCACACACCCUUGCGCCCGCUUUCACCUACCCCUCCUCUCUACACACUCAGAUACGUUGGCUCCCUCCAGCAGACGCUCAGGGCUGGAAGUCCAGGCAGUUCUGUUGAAAUAUGUGUUCCUUAUGUGUGAUGGUGGCUAUGGAUGGCCUUGAGCUGCUACCCCCUUCAACCCCAACAGCCCCCCCAACUACACCCCCUACCCCUUCUAUCUCCAACCACAAAGUCCAAACCAGGGACCUCCAGACUCACCUUCCUCAGUCAUGGACCACAGGUCACCAACUCCUCCCUCGGGUUUAAAGAGCAAAUCAAGACCAGCUCUGCCUCCAUCACACAUCCCCCUCCCCUUUCUCUACUGUUACACCACUGACACUUGAAUGGAAGGAGUGCACAUGGGCCUGUAUCUCCCCCUUUCUCUCUCUCCCUCUCUCUGUCUCUCUCUCUCUCUCUCUCUCUCUCUCUCUCUCUCUCUCUCUCUCUCUCUCUCUCUCUCUCUUACCCCUUUUCCACCAGAAAGAACUGGGUGCUGGUUCAGAGCUAGUGCUGCUGCUGGUUCAAAGUUGGUUACACUGUCUAGAACCUUCUAAGAACCGGUUUGUCUUUCCAUCGGUUAGAGAGCAUCACAGAGCCGAGUCUGAUGUCACUGCAUACGUGUCACGUUACACAGCAACGUUAGCGCAGCAGCGGCAAACACAACAUCAACAACAAUGGUGGAUGUUGCUUUACUGUUAAUGCUCAUAGCUUUUUGAACCUACAAUAGCAUCUAAACGCGGCGAAUCCGACUUGUACGUGCAGCUCCAUGUAAUCCGUAUAAACGGAGGCUGUAAUCGAGAAAGUACAUAACAUUAUUUUAUCAUUAACACAGAAAAAAGGUCGCCUUAGCAUGUAGCUACCUGCUAUCAUGUGUGCUGAUAACUGAUCAUAUUGCGGUAAAGUAAAAGUGUAUUAAACAUUAGUAUACUUAAGGUACAUUAUCAAAGGCAUUAACAGUAGCCCCGCCCACAGCACCUGAUACAAGUGGUUCUUAAGUCUAGACCAGCAACGUUUUGGUGCUACUUAAGAACCACUUUUCCUGGUUUAGAGCCGGUGCUUUGGCGGUCGAAAAAUAAAGAACUGGUUCUAAAUUAGGCUCCGAACCAGCACUCAAACUGCCUCGGUGGAAAAGGGGCAUCUGUCUCACUCUGUCUCUCACUCAGUAUUUUAUUCAAUAAGACCAGGCCUUUUCGCUGAAUGGAAAACCUUCAGUAAUGUAUUACAGUAUUGUAAUAAUGUUGUAUACUAAAGUCUGUUUGUCAAACGAAAAUGUAACCCACUCCUGCACGGCCAGUCGAAGGUUUAUCAUCACCACAACCCAAACAAAACGAUCCAGAGGAGCUCUAACAUGUUAAUGUAACUCUGUUUUAUUAAAGACUGGAAGGUAAAACUCUAAAGUCUGUAGAUACGACACUCAGAGACUUUGACAUAAAGAGACGUAAAAAUAUACAGUGUGAAAAAUGUCGGCAUUUUCAGACUAGAUCAGUUCUUUAUCGUUAUUAUAAUCUAAGCUAAUUUCAAGUACUUAAUGUAAUGAUCAACAAUUCUGGAUUCAUUAAACAUGUGAUAGGUUUAAUAAUAAGCAUCAAUAAUGCAGUUUUAAUCAUUAACAUUUAUUGAGCCACAGUUUGUAAAUUAUUCAUCUAGAGUUGUUUAAAAACUUUCAGCUGGCAGUGUAAGACAAACCCCGGGUCUCGUUCAGGAUGCAGGCAGUAAUGUGUCAGUCCUUCCAUUUAAAUGUUGUGGUUGUGUAUUAAUCAAUAUUAUCUUCAUAACCUACGUCGUUAUCAUCGUCGUUGCUAUUUACACUGAUUUAUAAUUAGCAAUCUGCGAUCAAGUUGAAGCAUGACUAAUAAUCAGAACGGAGAUGCUGUACAUUUUUAGACCUUUUGAAGACGAACACAGAAGUAUUUUUGUAAUCAGGUGUGUGUGUGUGUGUGUGUGUGUGUGUGUGUGUGUGUGUGUGUGUGUGUGUGUGUGUGUGUGUGUGUGUGUGUGUGUGUGUGUGUGUAGGUGUGUGUAGGUGUGUGUGUAGGUGUGUGAGGAGAUCAAACUAUUUUUACUUUCCUGCUUCAUUCCAGAUGCCAAAGACAAUCAGAAUGAAGAGGAUUUCUCUGAUAAUAAUAAUAAUAAUAAUAAUAAUGAUAAUAAUAAUAAUAAUAAUAAUAAUAAUAAUAAUACAUAUCAUAUAUUCCCAAACCAAAGACUUACAGUAUGUGUGCAUGUUCUGAACAUCGUUUACACCACAAUAUAUACAGUAUUCAUGAAAUGGUCUCCAGGAAGUUUGUCUGUCAUCCGUUUCUGUAGGGAAAAUGUGCAUAGACCCAGGUGCUGAGGGGAAAUCCUUUGAAAUUGUGUCUCUUUUUUAAGGUGAAAUGAUGCAAAUAAAAACCCUUCCAAGUCUAUAUAUAUAUAUAUAUACACACACACACACAUAUACUGUACACACACAAACAUGUUCAUGUAGAAUGCCAGGGUGGUAAAAUGUGCACUGUGCAGAUGAUGUAUGAUCCUCAGGUCCAGACUUUACAGCUCUAGUGACACACCUUUCUUUUUUCUCUUCAUAUUAUAUAAUCCUGAAAUUAGGAUUGUUGUAGCUUUCAUUCAAACUCAUUAAAGCUCCUUAAUUAAGGGAUUUAAAUCCGUAAAAAAGACGUGACUGAAAUUCCAGCGAUGACAAGUUCAAGAAGUUCAGAAACGUUAACUGUUGCAAUUAUACGACAAAUAUGUCACAAUAAAAGGCUUCAGAUUAGGAGUAACGCUAACCAGACAAAAAAAAAACAACACCACCACGCCAUUAUGGAUUCAUUGCUGUUUCAGGGUCGAGACAAACAUGUAAAAUAAAAUAGAGUGACGUGUGGCGGUCUGGGGAAACCCUUCAUAGAUGUUUCCUCAUGCAAAGAGUUCUGGAAAAUAUAUUUAAAAAAAGAUCGUGUUUAAUUUUCUCUGUUUAUCUCACUUUCAGUAAAAAAAAAAAAAAAAAAGAAGAAGCUCCGCCUACUAAUGCAUUUAGAACCAAAUCCACUUACAGAAUAACAUGAUCGAUUUUAAAAAGUUAUAAUUUUAAGAUUUGAUCUUGUAAAUUUAAAUCAGUUGAUUUUUAAAUUUCUUGUUUUUUUAUUUUAUUUUAUUUCUCAUCUUGGAAACACUGGUCAUGUGGCAGGAGAAUCACACAUUCUAACACACACACACACACACACACACACACACACACACACACACACACACACACACAUGCAUUUGCACCUACUGGUAAUUUUUGUGACAUUUUGGAAAUAAAAUUUGAUGUCAAAGUGGCUUUUUUUUCCAGAAUUCAGUGCCUCAGUGACAUCUGAUGGGUUUUUUUUUUUUUGCAGACUAAUACAUGUGUGUUGAUAUUUUAUCUCUUUGUUUCUGUGUGUUAUUUACAUCACAGCAGCUUACUGUCACAUCCUGCCUUCAGGUCCUGUUAGAAAUCUCGUACCUACGAGGUGAAAUCUCUGUUUUUGCACUUUUUUUUUUUUUGAUUGGAUUUGUGACGAUUACCAAAAAUAAAUAGCGUAAACAGACGGCUCUUAUUUCUUCUUCUAAAUUUUCUUUCCUGUUCGCUGAAAUUCACAGGUACGAACUUCCAGAGGGGAUUUGAAGGCAGCGUUAUAGAGCAUUUUUGAGUCUAAAUAUAGUUAAAUAUUUAUGUUUCACUGUUCUGAUGCUGCUUUACUUCAGUGGAAACUCAAAUUCGCUCCAGGUUGUUUUAUACUGCUACAUUUCAGAUUUACUAAGAAGGUGUGAGCUGGAUGUAUGAAUCUGUGGCUCAUGUGUGUGUGCGUGCGUGCGUGUGUGUGUGUGCAAUGAUUCUUUUGUAAUUACUCCAGUGUCUGAUGAUAUUGAUGUUAGUAUGAAAUGUUACCUGGUCUCAUGUCCUAACAACAGAAACUGUAUAAAACAUCUUCGUGUGUAAUCAAUAAAGAUUUUUAUACAUAUGUAAGUUCA